AUUUAAAGAGCGCACUCACACUGAAACCUGCACUCUGUUAAAGAGGUGUUACUCAUAGUAACCCUCAUAUAAUUGAUCUUUAAUUUCCAGACUACACUGAAAUUGUUGAGUCAUUUUGCAAUAAGUUAAAAUCAACCAAAGACCACCAUGGAAAAAGCUCGCACCAACAUGACAGAGUUUUGGAAGGAGCACUCCAAGGCCGCCACAGUGGAGGAGAUGAUGCUGGACUCUCGUGCCAAGGAGCUGACCCGACACGAGCUGCCCGAGAUCCUGUCCAUGCUGCCCUGCCUGGAUGGAGCCAGAAUGCUGGAGCUGGGAGCUGGCAUCGGCCGCUUCACCAGCCACCUGGUGACGAAGGCCAGCCAUGUGACGGCUGUGGACUUCAUGGAGAGCUUUGUGGAGAAGAACAAGCAAGAAAACGGUCACCAUAGCAACGCUACUUUCAUUCAAGCUGACGUCACAAAGCUGGAAAUCCCUGAAAACAGUAUUGACUUCGUCUUCUCCAACUGGCUGCUGAUGUACCUGACCGACGAGGAGCUGCAGUGUUUUCUGAAGAAGACUCUGAGCUGGCUGCGGCCCGGUGGCUUUCUUUUCUUCAGAGAGUCCUGUAACCACCGGUCAGGUGACUCCAAGAGGGAUUUCAACCCCACCUGCUACCGCACUGAGGCACAAUACAGCCAGCUGGUGGCAUCAGUACAAGUGGAGGGGCCACAGGAGGGCCAAAACUUUGGUUACGACACUGUGUUGAAAAAGAAAGUUAAGGCCUACGUUGAGAUGAAAAACAACCCGAACCAGAUCUGCUGGCUUCUAGAGAAGGUCCUCCGCUCCUCCAGCACUCAGAGCAAAUUCACCAGCUUCCAGCAGUUCCUGGACAACCAGCAGUACACCAACCGCGGCAUCCUGCGCUACGAGAAGAUGUUCGGGGCUGGUUACGUCAGCACAGGAGGGCCCAGCACCACCAAGGAGUUUGUGGACCUGCUGAACCUGAAGCCCGGACAGAAGGUUCUCGAUGUUGGCUGUGGCAUUGGUGGAGGAGAUUUCUACAUGGCAAAGACGUUUGGAGUGGAGGUGCUUGGCCUGGACUUGUCAGACAACAUGGUGAACAUCGCCAUGGAUAGGGCGAUCACUGAGAAGCUGCCAUCAGUCCAGUUUGAGGUGGCUGAUGCCACUAAGAGGUCGUUCCCAGAAGCUUCCUUUGACGUGAUCUACAGCAGAGACACAAUCCUGCACAUAGCUGACAAACUGGCGCUCUUCAAACGCUUCCAUUCAUGGUUAAAGCCAGGGGGCAAGCUGCUUAUCAGUGAUUACUGCUGCGGGGAGAAGCCCUGGACACCGGUGUUCGAGGCCUACGUCAAACAGAGAGGCUACAUCCUCUAUACACCAUCACAGUAUGGCAAGUUCCUUGAGGAAGCAGGUUUCUGCAAGGUUCGGGCAGAAGACCGGACAGCUCAGUUCAUCCAGGUGAUAAAGACGGAGCUGCAAAGAGCUGAGACCAUCAAGAAUGAGUUCAUUCAGGAAUUCUCUGAAGAGGACUACUUUGCAAUAGUAAAUGGAUGGAGAGAAAAACUGGAACGAUCCAACAGCGGAGACCAACGGUGGGGACUGUUUUAUGCUUCAAGGGACUGAGUGAUUGCACUGAGAAAAGAUAAUAAAAUAUAAAAAAGGGGGA